AUGAACAUCAAAGUGGCAAGAGAACCUCUGUUUGAUGGGGAAAGAAGACCAAACAGGGCAAAUCCACAUGUGCUCAAGGCCAUCAGGAGCAAUUGCAAACCAGAACCGACAAGGACCGACAAAAGCAUUGGGUUCUUUGGAGGUCUGAAAACGUCACCUUCUGAUGAGAAUGUGCGACAUGAUGAUGGACAAAGCGACCACAAUAAUGGAGAAGUUGACCAGCGAGAACCAUUGAAUUUUAGGGUCGUAAACGUGCAAGUAUUUGUCCCAUCUAGUUGCCCAGACGCUGACAUCAGAGCCUUGAUUAAUGGACUUAGGGUUGACAAUAACACCCACAACACGGUACUCGUCCUCCUUUCUCUUGUGGUAUUCGACGAUGAUGUCGUGGUGGUUGUAAAGAUGAGGAGUAUUCUCGUCGUCCACGAAACCAAUGUGGAAACCAGAGUUGUAGAAAGUGGUUUGGGUUUGCUCGUCCAACAUUCUUCUGGCUGCCGGCAGCCCAUCAAUAAGCCAGUUGUGCUUGAAACCUGCACGGAUGUUUCUGUUGACAAAGGCAGCAUCACUCUUGGAGUAAAUAUCCGAACACAAAGUUAUGCAUGUUUUGUUUUCCAGCAUUUUGAGCUCGUAUGGCGAAUUGAAGAUUCUGUCACCAAAGAUCACAGAGCCGAGAGACUCGCUUUGCUUUUCUGGGCCAUCUGGAUGCUGGCAGAAAUGGAAUCUUGGGAAAUUAUAGUCGUACGAAUAAAGGUACGUUUUUGCCGAACUGUCUUCGGGGUUGAUCGAUGGCGUUAUGUGAUUCACCAACAAUGGGAUUGA